AAGAGUGUCCAAAAAACACUCCCAAAAAUAAGUUUUGGGUAAAAAGCUAAAAACCAACGCUCCAACAGUGGUCCAAUCUCCUGCCCAAUUUUUUGGCUCGCCCAAAACAAGCGCUCUGCAGAGUCAGAUAUCCGCCAACGCUCGUCACUCCCAAUCCCGAAAUUUACUGCCAAUGCCCGCCAUUUCUCGCUUCCCGCGCGCCUCCCCGCGCGUUUUCCCUCCCCUCCUAGUCGCGCCAUUUUUCUUCGUCGUCCUACCAAUUCAGCCGCUGCCGCGCUCCAUCCCACCUUCCAGGGCAUGUUCGACUACCAGCGCCACCUCCCAUCUGUCUAUCGUUGCCGCACCCCUCUGUCCCUCCAUCCAGGUUGUGGAUCUCCGGAAUCAAUAGCGCAGGCUCCCGUCCAUCCGGCGCCGGAUCCACUCCAUCUACGACGGCGGCUCCCCUCCGCCUAGCAACACUCUGCUAGAUUCCCUCCCGUGUUGAUUUGCUUCGAUUUGGAUCCAGGUACUGAGCUUUAGGUCCUCCACGUACUGAAUUUAGUUGAUUUGCCUUGAUUUGCAUCCUAUGAGCUUCCAUUGUUCCAAUAAAUCUGUCAAGUAUCCUUGUUUGUUUUAAUCUCAGAUAUGCCCUGACUAAAUAAUUUUGCUUUGAUUUUGACUAGAUAUUUUUUAUGUAACAGAUGUUUCACUGACUGCACAAGAAGAGGAAAUAUUAUGUAGCUGUAGUACUAUCUCCUAGGUCCUGUAGAGUGGCAAAACAAUGCAUUAUUGUUGGAGCUAGAAAAUUGAUCCUUGAUUCAUCGUACUAAACAGUUAGCUUUUUUUUAUAGAACCAAUUUAGUUAUCUAUUCCCUCAAAUGAUUUGACUCGAUCCACCAUUAGUCAAAAAAUAAUACAUGGAAAAGGAGAACUGUAUGCUAAUGGGCCAUGCUAUCAUAUUAACCAAAACGUCCGAUAUAAAUAUUUGUCUGGAAGAUAAUCCCAUGAGAUAGCUACAGGGUGCAGUUUGUUUUCUUCCUGACUAUUUCAUUUUGCUUGCAGGCUUUAACAUUCAGUUUGAUUGACAAUGGAAGGCCAAGGAUACUGAACAAACAUGGUGGAGGGCAACGAUGACUUGUCUUUCGAUGACUUCAGUAGCCCACCCGAGGAGCAGGAAUCACCUGUUAUUAAUAGUACUCCAUCAGCAAGGCCAAACCAGAAAAGAUCAAAGAACUUUAGUGAGCAGGAGGAUCAAUUGCUUGUUUCAGCAUGGUUGAACAUUAGUACAGAUCCAAUACAAGGCACCAAUCAAACUAAAGGAUCAUUUUGGACAAGAGUUUAUGACUACUACCACUCAAAUAAGGAAUUCACAUCAGAUCGCAGUCAGAGUUCACUUUUGCAUCGAUGGAAAGGUAUUCUAGUGAAUGUCAACAAGUUUUGUGGAUGUGUAACUCGGAUUGAGGGUAGAAACCAGAGUGGGGUUACAAUUCAAGACAAGCUUGUACAGACAUUGGCUUUGUUCAAGGCUGAAGAUAAGGAGAACAAGUCAUUUCAAUUCUUGCACUGCUGGAAUAUCUUGCGAAAUCAACCAAAGUGGCAUGAGAAGCGGAAGCAAAUGGCAUCUCAGAAUCAACUUGGUAACAAAAAACAAAAGGCAACCAUGGAUUCAAGUCCGAGGACAUCCACUCCCAUCAAUGUUGAAAGAAGCCACAACACUGUCACUGAUAAUACACCUCCAGAGAAUGAUCAACGCAAGAGGCCAAUGGGUAAGAAGAAGGCUAAAGAAGCAUUGCGGCGAGGUGGAGGUGAGGCUUGUGUGGAGGCUUUGGACCAUUUAUGGGCCAAAAAGAGAGAGUCUGAUGCAGAGAAAGAACAGAAGAAAGAAGAGAGAUACAACCAGUCAUAUGCACUAGAUAGAGAGAGGCUUGAGCUAGAAAAAAGAAGGGUUCAAGCUGAAGAAGCGAGGGCUGCAAAUGAGGCAAAAAAUCUUGAGAUAAAGGAACGUGAAUUGGAACACAAGGAAAAUGAACUACAGCACAAAAGAAUGUUAGAUGAAGAGAGAAUUAUGGCAAUGGAGAUUGCUUCCUUACCUACUCUGCAGCAGCAGUUCUAUAAGAGCCAACAAAAUAAGAUCAUUGCUCGUCAUGUUUAA